CGUUAUUGUUAGCAUUUGAUUAAAUAUGAAUAAGUUUUUACGUCGCCUUAAGGGCAAAGGAAAAAAGCACCACCACAAGGACUACAUUACCGAAGAAAUAGUUCGCUCGAUUUUAAUCGAUAUGCUGCUGCUUAUUGUGUUACUAAUUUGCGUAUAUUUUGUGGCAGAUUCACUGCGCACCAAGUAUAUGUACUAUGACUAUCAGCAGAUCGAGAAGUAUCUGCUGUACGAUUACCCGCAAGAGGAGAUUGGAUAUGAUCAUUCGUUUCAUAUAUCAUUCGACGAUAUAUCAACAAUCAGUGAGAUCUGGGAAUAUAUAUUAUUUGUAUUUAUUCCAAAGAUUUUCACGAACAUGUCUCUACAAGCGGCCGAGGGUGAGGAGAAGAUUAAAUAUCAUCUGGCCUUCAUGACUGAGAACAUCAUAGUGGGCUUGCCACGCAUGCGGCAAAUACGCGUGCAUAGUCAGACCUGCACCCUCGACGCGCCACUCGAUUCCAGAAUGCAAAGGCACACAUGCUAUCCGCCGUACACGCCAGAGGUCGAACAGAAGACCUCGUUCUUCGGCGUUGAUUACACGACGGAGCACAGCAGCAUAAUGGGACUGGUUACUACCUAUAGUGCGGGUGGAUUCUCUAAGGAGUUUUUCAUGGAUCCCACGAAGAAUUUCGAACUGGCUUAUAGUUUAAGAAGCGAGACUUGGCUAGAUCGUGGCACACGCUGUAUUAUAGUUGAGAUUAAUACAUAUAAUGAUUUUACUCAUACCUAUACAAUAAUUAAAAUUUUGUUUGAAACGUUGCCAUCGGGUCUGGUGGUGCCAUCGCUGAUUGUGAACACUGUGCAGGAAUAUGGCAUACUAUAUCCUGUAAACCGAGCUAUAUUAUAUUUUGGUAUUUUAUAUUAUAUAAUAAUUGCGUUUUUCACCUACAACGAAAUUCAAGAAUUCCGCGAAUUGACGUUUAUUGGUUAUUUCAGGAAACCAGGCAACAUAAUAGACAGCAUUUUUCUAAUUGUAUCAUAUAUUGCUCUGGGCUACAAUGUCUGGCAUCCCAUUGAGGUGAAUCGCAUUAAGCGAAAAAUUAAAGAAGAUCCCAAUAGCUAUAUUUGUCUGGAUCGUUUAACAAAUGGCUGGCAUUUUUAUGUACUUAUCAUUACCGCUAUCACGUUUCUGGCCUGGAGCAAGGUGCUCGUAUAUCUUUCAUUUCAUCGCACGCUCAAAUGGUUUAUGAACAGUCUCAAAGAGUCGGCUUUGAACAUUAUUGGAUUUAUAUUUGUAUUUCUGAUUACAUUAUUUGCGCUCGCACAGUUGGGCACAAUUUUAUUCAGUGAGUGGCUAGUGACUUUCAAUAAUAACUUUACAACAAUGACAACAAUUAUGCGCUUACUAAUGGCGGAUGUGGAUUAUCUAAGCAUGCAUGCAGUUCAUCCGACGCUAGCUGUCAUUUACUUUAUAGCUCUCAUAUUAAUUAUCUUUAGCUUAUCUAUGAAUCUGUUUGUGGCCAUCUUAUUGUCCAGCUAUUCGGAUGUGAAGCACAAGACCAUAGUUAGGGAUACGAUUGUGUUUAAGAUGAUGAUGGUUUGCCUUAAGCGUUACAUUUGCUUUUGGCGCCAAGGCGAUAAGAAAUGGUUAAAGGAUCGCGUGCUGCUGGUGGAAAUCAUAGAACAGCCGCCAGAAGAUGCUGCUGGUACAGAUGAUGAUCAGAGGGCUCUAAAUUUAAAAGAGCACACACUAAUAAUUUUAAGAGAGCAAAUGGCGCAAUUAACUGAGCGUGCUCUUAAGGUUGAAGAGGAAUUUGAGAAUAUACAUUUGGCUAUUGAGCGCGUUGCCAAGCUGCAAGCAAAGCUGAACUUAAAAUGGCAGCAAUCUUUACACUGAAUAUUAAACAUUUUACAGCAGCUGCUACUAUCUUUACUUUAAUAAAAGACAGC